AUGGUGCUCUGGAAAGGCCGCUUCUCUGCGGUGCUCGCUGUCUUCGUCGCUCUCGGUCUUUGUGGCGUCGCGGUUGGGACCACUUCAGUCGCCCUGCAGCCUGUCCUAACGCCUAUCCCUGAUCGCCCUUCACACUCCCGUCGCUUGUCCAGCGACGUCCAAUUUAAUAACCGCCGCGCUGCGUAUGUUGCGUCCAUAAAAGUUGGAGACCAAAACCUAAACGUUCUGUUCGAUACCGGCUCCUCUGACCUAUGGACAGCCUCUUCGAACUGCUCGACCGCUUCGUGUUCAGGCUCGGGCGUUCCCAAAUACACCGCAUCUCCAUCACUCCAAGUUUCGUCAGGAUCCUUCGAUCUGGGUUACAUGGUCGGCUCGGUGUCAGGAAGUAUCGCGUCGGAGACGGUUACUCUAGGGUCGUACCAAAUUGUGGCCCAGACAUUUGGGCUGGUAAAGGAUGUGCAAGACAUGGACCUAUCGCAGCUAGGCAACAGCGGUGUACUUGGACUUGCGUUCCCUGCUGCUGCUUCCGUCGCCGUAACUGCAGGGCAGCCUAUCUUGGAGAACUUAUUCUCAUACUUUGACGACGAUCAGCGCUACUUCGCCUUCCGACUCGGAAGAGCUGCAGACGACUCCUCAUUUACCAUCGGACACCUUGACGAAGAUAUAGCUAAUUCAACUGAGAGUAUCGUCUAUACCCCUGUCUACUCUCAAAGAAUGCCGGAUUACGACUAUUGGAAGCUACCUCUACACUCAAUCACGCUCAAUUCGACACUCAACCUGACCUCGGACGCUCAUCUCUCGAAGUCCAAGAUCUCUGGUUCGCCUACGCCCAUCGCCGUUCUCGAUACCGGGACGACUUUUAUUCUUGGCCCGAAGGAUGACGUUCGGCUGUUCUGGACUACCGUCGGGGGUGCUAGGCAGAACGAUGCUGGGAACUGGGAAGUCCAGUGUAAUAGAGCUGUGUCAGUCGGUUUUGUACUUGGGGAUGAUAAGACUGGUAGUGUGAAAGAGUACCUGGUGGAUCCGAUGGAUAUCAAUCAGCAGACCACCAACGCCGGUGGCUGGUGUACGGGCGGAAUACAAGGUUCAGACUUCGUAAACUCAGGCGAUUGGAUCUUAGGGGUCGCUUUCCUUCGCGUAGGUGUCUUGCAGAACGUCUACGCCAUCCACCAUGGUGCCACAUCGUCUGAUCCACCGCGCAUCGGCCUUCUCAACACUACAGACUCUUCCGCAUCACUCGAGCACUUCCGUGAAGUGCGCGGCGACGACACGAACCCCGCCCUCGACCCUUCAGCUGAAGUCGAGCCUCGGUACGAUGGCAAUCGCGCACAUCUCAAUGGGUUGGCUAUUCUGGGCAUCGUGAUCACUGGGAGCUUCGUGUUAGGUGUGGUGAUAUACUGGAUUGUACAACAUUGUGUACCGUGGCUGUUUUUCUAG